GGCGCCGCCGGCGCGAUGGGGCUGAGGGCCGGUGCCGCGGCGUAGCGGCGGGGUAAGGGCGAGCGCGCCCGAGGCUCUGGCCCCACGGCUCCGACCCCCGGGCCGCUGGGAGCGGCCGGCGGGCGGGAAGAGAACCUCCGAUCGCCGCCCGCUGCAGCCGCGGGCAUGUCGGCCGAGGCGUCUAGCCCGGCGGCCGAGGCCCCGGCCCUGGAGGUCCCCAAGCCCUCGGCUCUCGAGCCCGGCGCCGCCGCCCACGGUCUGGGGCCGCUGACCCCCAACAGCAAGUACGUGAAGCUGAACGUGGGCGGCUCGCUGCACUACACCACGCUGCGCACCCUCACCGGGCAGGACACCAUGCUCAAGGCCAUGUUCAGCGGCCGCGCCGAGGUCCUCACGGACGCCGGAGGCUGGGUGUUGAUUGACCGGAGCGGCCGUCACUUUGGUACCAUUCUCAACUACCUGCGGGACGGGUCUGUGCCACUUCCUGAGAGUACCAGAGAACUGGGAGAGCUACUGGGUGAAGCACGUUACUACCUGGUGCAGGGCCUGAUUGAGGACUGCCAGCUGGCGCUGCAGCAAAAAAGGGAGAACCUGUCCCCGCUGUGCCUCAUCCCCAUGGUGACUUCUCCCCGGGAGGAGCAGCAGCUCCUGGCCAGUACCUCCAAGCCCGUGGUGAAGCUUCUGCACAACCGGAGUAACAACAAGUACUCCUACACCAGCACUUCAGACGACAACCUGCUUAAGAACAUCGAGCUGUUUGACAAACUGGCCCUGCGCUUCCAUGGGCGGCUGCUCUUCCUCAAGGAUGUCCUGGGGGACGAGAUCUGCUGCUGGUCUUUCUACGGGCAGGGCCGCAAAAUCGCUGAGGUGUGCUGCACCUCCAUCGUCUAUGCUACAGAGAAGAAGCAGACCAAGGUGGAAUUCCCAGAGGCUCGAAUCUUCGAGGAAACCCUGAACAUUCUGAUCUACGAGACGCCCCGGGGUCCAGACCCAGCUCUCCUGGAGGCCACAGGGGGUGCCGCUGGAGGUGGCGGGCCAGGCCGAGGGGAGGACGAGGAGAACCGGGAGCAUCGUGUCCGCAGGAUCCACGUCCGGCGGCACAUCACCCAUGACGAGCGUCCUCAUGGCCAACAGAUUGUCUUCAAGGACUGACCUUUGACCCUUGACCCUCUCUUCUUCCUGCCACUGGGACCAAGCACCUUCCCCUUUCUAAACCUUUUACCACGACUUUGCUGGCCAAGUCGGGGGCUCUCCUCUGUCCUCCACUGCAUGAUACAGUUCACUUUGGCCCUUUUCCAGUCCUUCCCCUGUCAGUGCUAAUCACAUUGUAUUCUCCCACCCCUCCUCUCAGUUGGAGCCCUUCAGAAGGCCCUACGUUUGUUCCCUUGUCCUGCUCCCUUUCCUAGAAUGACUUAGAAACUCUCUCUCCCUCCCCCCCAGUACAUACAUGCCAAAGUGAUGAGCAGCCCUUCGUGACCCCACCCCGUCUGCGCUGCUUCCCCGCUGCUGUCCGGGUAGUUGGUCUCCUGAUCCUUGCCCCACCUUCGUCCUUCCUCCUUAACUUUGUACGAGGCUGGCCAGGGUCUGCACCAGCCAAGCUGUCUUCUCAGUUUGUUUCAUAUUAUUUAUUAUUUUAAUUUUCUAUUAAAUUAUUGGAAUAAAGUUGA